AUGAUGACGUGCCGUCUGCUGUGCGCCCUGUUGUUGCUUGCCCUGUGCUGCUGCCCAUCCAUGUGCGCGACAGCGUCUGAUGAAGGUACAGCUGGUAAAUUUGUAGAGGGUGCAACGCUACAGGAUUCAGGGGGUUCAAGCAAUUCCGAUAAUCCAGGAGCAAAAGUCACGGAAGAUAAUGAACAGAGUUCAGUUGUGGUGCCCAAUUCGUCAGAGAGAACAUCGAAGACCACUACUGCUCCAGCAACUCCAACGUCGACAGGUACAGGAAAAGGACCAAGUGGAGCGACCACUUCGCAAGAUGGAAGAGGUGCGUCUGGUCAACCAGGGGCAUCAGAAGGGAAUAGCCUUUCACUAGGAUCAACAGGUGAUUCCGACAAGUCAGAUGAAAAUAAUCCGGAGCAUAAUAAAGAAGAGGCGCUAGCUGGUAAAGAAGUUGAGGAACCGGCACCAACCACGACAACCACAACUACAACAAUGGCACCAACUACUACAACCGCCACUACUACAGAGGCACCAAGUGAUACGGCCAUGAAUGCAGAGGCGCCAACAACGACGACCACCCGCGCACCGUCACGUCUUCGCGGAAGCGACGGCAGCCUCAGCAGCUCUGCGUGGGUGUUUGCCCCGCUGCUGCUCGCCGCAACCGCGCUGGCGUAA